CUGAUGUUUUCUGCUGUUGACUCUGCGCUCCUGUUUAAUAAAGUUAUUGUGAAAUGACCUUCCAUUGUCAUCAUCCGGGUGUCUAUAUCCAGCACGUCGCGCCUGCGCACUCGCUCACUGUGGUUCGACCUCUGCAGUCGAGAGACCCGGGCUUCAACCAGAUUUGACCGAACCGGUUAAACUACCUAAAAUUACAAAAUGUACGCCUGUGCAAAGUUCGUCUCCACGCCGACUCUGGUCCGUGCUGGUUCCCGGGCUCUUUACAGACCCCUGUCAGCCUCUGUGGUGUCCAGGCCUGACCUCAAAACAGAGAGCAGCGUUGCCCUGAUGCCACAGAGCCCCCUCACUCAGGUCGCACUGAGAGGCUUCCAGACCAGCGCUGUGAGCAGGGACAUCGACACCGCUGCCAAGUUCAUCGGUGCCGGAGCCGCCACAGUCGGAGUCGCAGGAUCUGGUGCUGGAAUUGGGACAGUGUUCGGCAGUCUCAUUAUUGGCUAUGCUAGGAACCCAUCUCUGAAGCAGCAGCUGUUCUCCUAUGCCAUCCUGGGAUUUGCCCUGUCUGAAGCCAUGGGUCUAUUCUGUUUGAUGGUCGCUUUCCUUAUCCUGUUUGCUAUGUAAAACUCUGCUGUCACAGAACACUUUAAUUACAGAUGUAACUACAUAUUUUAUUGUGGCUACCAAAAUUGUUCCGAGUUGGUGUCAUGGAAAUGUACAUUUUCAAGUCUGUCAGACUCUGUCAAAAUAAGCAAAACAUGUAUUGUAAAAAUGUAAGAAAUUACACAAUUAAAAUGCAUGUAUUUGACUAUUUAACGGUGGCGGUAAGUUUUAUGUCUGGAUCAUCAUGCCAACAUCACCAAGCAGUCGGCGAUCAUGAAUGUCAUCUUUUUUUCUGCGAAGCAGCUGUUUAGACUUGCUGUGAAUCAGCCUGGUGCACCUGGAGUUUCUCGGUGCAUCACAUGCCAGCUUUUUGGGGUCCACAUUAAUGCAUUCUUUGGUUCAUCUGCAGGUCUGUAGCAGUACUGUAAGUAGACGGCAAGGAGGUGCUUGCUUUUGUAAAUGACAUUAAAUAAAUCUAGACAACAAUUUGA